GGUGGUAUCGCUACCAUCCCGACAAUCUACAAUGGUGUAGUGCGCGCGCAGCUUUCAGUUCAGGCGAUGGCGUGUUUUGCUGUGCGAGAUCUAUAAACUUCCGUGGAAAAUGUGUGUUUGAUGUGGGUAAAAUUAACAGUUCAAGUGAUGUUUAAAUCCAGUGGGAAAGACUUGUUUAGCUAACAUCGACUGGGUUCUGACGAUGGAGCUAAAAUUGCAUUCCCCCGCUGGGGCUGAACCCGUUUUAUAUACCUGGCCGUUAACCUCUGGCAGAGGAAACGACAAGCAUGACGGGGCCAUCGAAAUUGUGGAAACAAUUAGAUGGGUAUGCGAAGACCUGCCCGAAUUGAAACUGCCAUUAGAAAAUAAUAUACUGUGCGACUACGACACUAGAAGUUACGAUAGUAUGAAGUCCUUAUGUGAUAGGUUCAAUAGAGCCAUUGAUAGUGUCGUCGCAUUGGAAAAGGGCACGUCUUUGCCAGCACAUCGCUUGAACAAGUACCCUUCUAGAGGCCUACUCAGACACAUCUUACAACAAACCUACAAUGCUGCCGUCACGGAUCCAGAAAAAUUGAACCAGUACGAGCCUUUUUCACCCGAGGUCUAUGGAGAAACGUCCUACGACUUGGUUUGCCAAAUGAUCGAUCAAAUUGAGAUCACACCCGAAGAUAUCUUCAUAGACCUAGGCUCCGGAGUAGGACAGGUUGUACUGCAGAUGGCAGCCGCGACUCCCUGUAAAAUCUGCUUGGGCAUAGAAAAAGCGGAAGUACCCAGCCGGUAUGCAGAAAGUAUGAACAAAAACUUCCGCACUUGGAUGCAGUGGUACGGAAAGAAGUACGGAGAGUACAAACUUCUGAAAGGCGAUUUUCUCACUGAAGAACAUAGGGAGAAGAUAAACCAAGCCACCAUAGUGUUCGUAAACAAUUUCGCGUUCGGUCCAUCGGUGGACCACCAACUGAAAGAGCGGUUUGCUGAUUUGAAGGACGGAGCUAGGAUAGUGUCGUCGAAAAGUUUCUGUCCCUUGAACUUCAGGAUCACCGAUAGGAACCUGAGCGACAUUGGGACGAUUAUGCACGUAUCUGAGAUGUCACCAUUGAGAGGAUCUGUUUCUUGGACGGGUAAACCUGUCUCGUACUACCUGCAUAUCAUCGACCGCACCAAGCUGGAGAGAUACUUUCAGAGAUUGAAAAAGCCACAGUUGAAGAAUGGUGACGAAGACAGCAAUACGAGUAGUUCAAGAUGUGCAAGGGAAAGAACUAAGCGCGACCUCGGCAAAGUGGCGGAUUUCACUUCUGAUUCUGACUUUGAUGAUCAUGAAGAUAGCAGCUAUGGUCCCACUACACGCAAAGCUUGGUCUGAUUACUGCUCUAACAAAGGCAAGAGCAGUCAAUCCGAAGAAGAGAAUUCCAUGCCAGUCAAGACUAAGCGUCAGCCUAAGAAGUUGCGUCGUGUGCUGAACAGAAACACCAAUAGUAAUCCUCCAGCGUCUCAAAAACAAGCUGAGAAGAAGCCAAUUGGCAAGCCCAGACGUGGUAGAAUGAAGAAAGCCAAAUCCAAGAAGCAGAUUAAGAUCAACGGCUUAGACCUCCUUCAUAACGAAACGUUGUUGAGUACUCUGCCACAAGCUACUGGUAAGAAGCUGCCUCCUGCUCCAGGAACUGUGGAUCAGCAACUUACAGCUCUUAGCUCAGAAGUCAUCGUACAUAAUGAGCUAGAAAUACCUGAGGAGCCCUCAGAAACACCUUAUGGUCUCCAGGUUUUACUUGAUAUGUUCAAAGGUCACUAUAUGCAGAUGUUGCACCAAAUGAAAAAUCCGAUGUACAAGACCUUGGUGGAUAGUCAAAUUGAAGAAGAAAAAGAAAAGAAUAAGAAGCUGAAAAGUCGGGCGGCUCAGUUAGAAAAGCAGAUUAAAGUACUGAUCGACGAUAGCGUCGCCUUACUUAAAGCGAGGAUGAGUGAACUUGGUAUCAAUGCUACCUCUCCAGUAGACCUACUAGCUAAAGCUAAGGAGAUCGUGUGCCGUCACAAAGAGCUGCAGGCUAAGGCCAGCAAGUUGCAAGGGCAAGUAGCAAGCUUGGAAGCAGAGAAAGACAAUCUGGUACUUCAAAGACAGAUGGAGGUUUGUGAGAAGUACCUCGGGCACCAACCCAGUGAACUAACUCCUGGAGUUGCCCAGGAGUACAUUCUGAGAGAAAUUUCUUCCACAUUGUCUCAUCGCAAGAAACUUCAGAAUGAAGUCUCCAAACUGGAGAACGAUAUAUUCAGCCUCCAGAAAUCUAAUGAAGAGAGAAAGCAAGCUCAAGUCUUGGCAGCUAGGCAGCAACAACAGUCAGCUAAGGUGUCUAGGAAGUUUAGGGACUAUAGAGCGAGGUCGCAAGAUUGGCCGGAUGUUCCCGAUAUCGCCAAAAUUGAAGAACAGAAUCCUGAAAUAUUGGCGCAGAAGAUUCUAGAAACUGGGAGGAAGAUCGAGGCUAGCAAGAUGUCGGCUGCAGUAACUAACAAUAAGGUGUCAUCCCUGAUCAACAAAACAUCGCUCAACAAUAAUCAAAAGGGCAUAAUCCGCAACAACAUGCCUGCGCCUCUCCCUAUGUCCAAAAAACAAAAAACCCACCACAACUAUCCCGUAACUGAUAAUUCCCAGUCCACUGCCCAAAAUUCUAACAGCAUUCCUAAAGCCCAAGAGCCACCGCGUAUAGCCAACUUCGAGGACCGUUUGAAAAGCAUCAUCACGUCAGUUUUGAACGAGGAUCAACAAAAUCGUACCAAACAAGCUCAACCGCCUCUUCUACAGUACUGCCAACCUCCGAGUGUUCCCGCUGUUCCUCAGCAUGCUACGUCGUCGUACGGAUCUCAGUAUAAUUAUCACAGCAGUUUUAUUCCUCCAAAGCAGGAGGAUAAACGUCAAAAGUACCAGGCACCAUCCCAGAGCAAGUACUCGCAAAGGUGCGAGACUGUGGUCAGGACCAAUGAAGAGAGGAACCUGUAUCCGCAUCAAGAAGGGCUCGCCAGUAUGAUGGAGUGCUACAAGGAAGAACCGAAAACUCUAGUUCCUCCUUCCAGAUCAAGCGAACAGCCUGACUAUACUCAAGUGUCGCCAGCCAAACUAGCUUUGCGUAGACAUCUGUCUCAGGAGAAGUUAGCUCACCAGCAUAUGCCUUACAAUACUCCUGAUGGAAUUGUAGCUACUAGAACAAUUGGUGACCUCAUGUCUGGCGAAAUAGAGCGGACCUUGGAGAUCUCGAACCAAUCCAUUAUCAAUGCUGCAGUUGACAUGAGUGAUAUUCAAGGUACUGCCACAAUAUCGUCGAGGUCCAUUGUGAGCGCCAACAUCCCUCCGCGUCCAGAAAGGGUCAAAGUACCUGUGGUUGAACCCCCUCCGAAGGAAUCUGAUCUCCAGCAGAAGGUCUAUAGCCCUAUCUCUAGACCCUCUUCUGCAGAAGGACUGGAAGGACUUGCUUAUAUGCAUCAGCAUGUCAAGGUGAAUCCUCAUGCCUCACACGAGUAUGUAAUGCCUCCUCAGCCGAGUCCGAGGCAGCAAUAUUCUCCAAGGACGACAGUGCUGUAUCCAGCUGUACCGUCCCGAACUAGCUCCAGCAGUUUUCCUAACGAGAUGUACACCCCUUUGCCUAGAGCUGACAUCAAACCUUACCAGGAAUCAUACUUCAAUGAUAUCAAACCAAACGCGGCUACUGUGGAUGCUGAGCAGAGGGGGAAUUUUGUUGCCGAAGGCUUGGCCGCCAGUCUGCAAGCCCGCGUGUUGGCACCUCCGAUCAAAGAAGAAAUCGAAAUUUAUGAUAGAAGGCCCUCUUACCCCCAACAAAACAUGGUUUCAAGCAUGCCAGCGCCCUAUCAAGAGCAGAACAACGUGAAAGUAGAAUCGACUGAGUCGAAUUUUUACAAGCGCGAAUCUCCUGUGAUCCAGGUACCAAUGCGGAAGAAGCCUUAUAUGCACGACCCUCCUCCUGAGCCUCAUUCCAAUACGCCCAUUCCUUCAGCUGAGGAGGCUCAGGAGCAACAACCUCAGAGGCCCAGGAAAUGCAACGAAGAAGGAGGGAGCACAUUCAGGCAUGCGCACAAAACUCACGCGCAAAAUAUAGCGCAUGCGUAAUACCCCCCUACCAAACUAGAUUUAGAGAUAGAGGCUGAAUAGUUAGAGUGGUGAUGUGGACGCAGAAGAGGAUGCUGAAGAAUCAAAAUGGCAAGACAGAAUAUCAUCAGGUUUCGACAGGCUGGUAGCCUUCGCAUCUACAGAACUUGAUAAGAGGCGUCGAUCUACGGAAGGCAACGAUUCUUGCAACACGUCUCCAGACUCUGGGAUCGGACAUGGGCACGGAGAUAUGGCUCCAGCAACCAUGGUUCCAUCUAAACAGGCUUUGAAGUUGAACCCUAACCCAAAACCAAUAUUAUUCAAAAUGCCUACUACAAAACCAUACCUGGAGUCACCACCGAUAUCUGAUACUGGGAUGGAGGAAACUGGGCCCCCUAGAACCCCUUCCCCUUCGAGUCCUCUUCCUUCAAAUAACAGUCUUUCUAUAAACUUUAGCCCCGAAGUGCCAGCCGAAAAAAGUCCCACGAGACUAAACCCAGCAUUGUUGAAGUAUCAGCGUUAUCCCGAGGAUAAGAAAAAGCCUGAACAUUUCAAAAAGAAGUUCUACUAUAGAGAGCAUUGGAAAGAUGAUAACUGGAGCCAGGAAAGACCUGGACCAAUAAAAGAUAAGUUUAGGCCUAAGGGCAAAGACUGGGAUUGGAAUAAAGAUCAUCAUAAUGAGGUUCUUAUCAGAGACGAAUGGGGCAGGCCCCAUGAUUUUAAUUGAUCAUAUUGAAGUUUUCAUUGAUUAUCUGUUUCACGGAAGGUAGUCGGAGUUGAGAUUUCGCAGAGCAAAUUCAUAUGUCAUGUUGUGGCUGAAUCAAAUGCAAUGGCGAUAUUUCUAGAGCAGAAGAUAGGUUCGGAAAUGAUACGGAAAAUUCCUGUAACAUUGAGUCCUCUAGCUCGAACUACACUAGUGGAGAAGAAGUUGGGAUAUUUUAUUUAGUUUUUGUACUUCAGAUUUGAUAAAAUGUAUAUGAAAGCAUGUCAAUUCCAAUGAACAUUAUUAUUAUAGAAGGAAACAUAUUCUCUAUAACUCUGACUGUUCUGAAACAUCCAUUUCGUUUGCAGCAAAUGUAUUUAAUUAUACGAACUUUUUUUGUUACGCCCUUUUCAAGAAAAAUUGAUCUGAAUUUGAGAUAUAAUCGGUUCGAGCACCUUAAGGAGAAGGUAGGCUUUGGACUGACCUCUCAAACUUACCUAUAUAAAAGUGUCACCGUUUUUGAGAUAUUAAUUUUUUAUUAUAUUUAAAAAAAAAACGAACCUUUUAAUCUGUGGUCUUUAGCUGCAUGUACAAAUAAGGUUUUACUUUGUUCAUUUUUUCUAUAAAAUACUUCUAGAUAGUUGCUUUAUCAUAUACAAAUGCAAUGUAGUUAAAAGAUAUUAAGGAACCAUGAUAAAAUAAGGACUGUUUUGGGAUUUAUAACCAGAUAUUGUUUCCUCAACUUUGACCAUCUGUGGUGAAACAAAAAUGUACUGGUCUGUAACUGCAUUAUAUUGAAUAAAAAGCUUGCUCAUUGAAUACAGAUUUCAGAAGGGCACCACACGUACUAUUUGGAAUAGAAAAAAGUGAUAGCUGCUUUUGUAAGUGACUAACACACACUACAAUGUAAUUAUUGGAUUUAAAUUCCAGUUGCACUGGUUACCGUUCAGUGACAUGCUAAAUAGUACAAAGCCACAUUAUUAUUGCAACUUGAAUUUAAAUCCAAAAAUUACAUUGUAGUGUGUGUCAGUCACUUACAAAAGCCGCUAUCACUUUUUUCUAUUCCAAAUAGUACGUGUGGUGCCUUUCUGAAAUCUGUAUUCAAUGAACAAAGUAUAACCUUAUUUGUACAUGCAGCUAAAGACCACAGAUGAAAAGGUUCAUUUUUUUAAAGUUUAAGAAAAAAUUCAAUAUCUCGAAAACGUGACACUUUUAUAUAGGUAAGUUUUUGUUAUUUGGGAGGUAAAUCCAAAGCCUACCUUCUCCUUAAGUUUGUCGUGGUGCUUACUGGACACCCUGUUGUAGUACAUUACCUUAUUUCAGUUAUUUGGAAAAUAUUUUCAACGCCCUAUAUGUUGAUCACCAAGACAUUUUAGGACCUAUAUUUAUAAGAACGUUUUAUGUUAUUUGUACUUUCUGCUCUACAAAUAUUGCCGCUGUUUUUGAAUUACCCUUUGCUUUUAUUUUAUUACAGUGAGUGACAUUUUGAAUAAUGUUAUUUUACAGCCAGAUACCCCAAGAGCUCGUGAUAUUUAACCCUUGAGAGUUUUUGCGGGGAAAAAUAUGGUGCAUAGCACAGAAUGGAGUGUUUGCGAGGCACUCGGGAAUGAAUUUCCUAUGCUUCAAACUGUGUCUAUUUUUUUUCAUCUACAGAAGCAGUUUUUGGAGCUUUUUAACUAGCACCCUAAAUAAAUAAUUGCUAAUUAUUAAGCACAAACUAUUCUAGCAGGUAAAAAUCUGGAGGGUUGAGUGUCGCUAUUAGAUCGUUCGUAUCAGUGCCAAAACACGUCAACUUACUGAUUUAGUAAUACAGUGCUUCUGUAGAAUAUACAGACAAAAUAUUCUUCAGUCUCAUUAGUAUUUUGUGAUUUUCGAUAAAUAGGAAGUCGAUGUAGCACUCAAAAUGUAUGACUGGGUGAGUGUGUACAAGGCUGUGUAUUUUCUUUUACAUGAAACUUUAUUUGAUGAUAUAUUUAUACAAUUUUAUAUCGACAACGCUUUUUGUUGGCGGUUUACUUUAGACAUUAUCAUUGAAUUCAAUUUUUAUCAUCCCAUAUUUACUUUUGUUGUAAUUUUUUCUGUUGUAAUUUUUUAUGCGGGGUUCAGUAAUUUAUAUGACGAUUAAUUUGAAUUCGUGAAAACGUUUAAUUAAUUAUCUUCAAUUUGUACAUUAAGAUGAGAUAUUUGUUGUAAUUUUUAUCUGCGGUAUACAGAAAAUUAUGAGGGAUAAACAUUUUGAUAUCGCGGAAACCUAAUGAACUAUCUUUAUAUUUUUUAUUUUCAUUAUGUAAUUUUGACCAUUUUAUACAUUAAGAUGAGGAAUUUGUGGUAAUUUUUAUCUACGUUAUACAGAAAGUUAUGAGGGACAAUUAUUUUGAUAUCGUGCAAACCUAAUCAACUACGAGGGUUGCUUCAAAAAUAGGGUUCCCACAUUUUUUCAGGCACAAGGAAUUUUUUAUUUGAAAACACGAAUUCAUAAUUGGAAGCGUUUAUCUUUAGGCUAUUUUUCUACAUAGUCGCCAUUUGUUAGACGUGAAAUCCACGUUUUGAAACUUGGUAACUUCUCCUGGCAGCUCCACGUCCGUCUCGAACCGUUGGCCGCCUAGGUGCUCCUUCAAUUUCGGAAACGCUAUGUCAGUGCUGUAAAGGGGGAUGCUUCACUCAAGUGGCGAUGAAUUUCUAUAACGUUUCUGCGUGCCAAAAUCGGAUGACCGCAUCUGAAGGGCUCCAUUGCGCAUGGCUGUCGUUCCGGUACUGAGCAUCGCAAAUAGGCGCUUCUUGUUCGGAUUGGUGGUGGAGGAGCCGACAAACAUGACGGUGUUGCCAGAUCCCGCCUAGCAUUACGCGCGGCAAAUAUACAGCGUUGGGAACCUUAUUUUUGAGACAACCCUCGUAUCUUUAUAUUCCUUAUUUUCAUUAUGUCAUUUUGACCUGAAAAUGCGUCUUAUAUAUUUUAGUUGUAGGUUGUAUAGCGGAUAGAUUCCAAAUUCACUCUUAAAAAUAUUUUAAUAUAGUGGUAGAUGUUAUAUCUACAUUCGUUCAAAUAAUAUUGGAUGCACUUUUUUCAUUCAGUGUAAAAUAUGCUGGUGUAUAUGUGGUUUGACUGCUACACAUUUCCUCUAAAAUCUUAUCAUCACGUGUUUAAUUUUUCUCUAUCGUAUUUUUUCAUCGGAUUUAGUAGUCUGGUAAUCUUCCCUCUACAAGUAAUUCAUAAAAUGACCUGAAAAAAUCUGCCCAGUAAAGGCAAUUAAUUUCGAGGAUCGUGGCGUUUUUAAGAACAUGAGUUGUUUUUAAUUAUUUCUCAAUAUGCAUGUGUCUAUAUGAUCUUAUCGUAUCUAUAUUUUAGUAUAUUGGAGUGAGGCACUGAUCGGCACAGAUUGUCGAACAUUUGCAGUUUGGAUGUACAUUAAAAUUAUUAUCACAGUAACAUGGCGUAAAUGGCAGAAACCUGAGCUGUGGGUUCGAAUCCCACUGAAACCAAGUGUUUCUUCCGUUUUUCCAAACUGCAAAUAAGUUUGCAUUAUCAGUGUUCUAUGGGAUUUUCCAUUUGCUUCCAGCAUUUUAAGAUCAGAAUAUUUUUGAAUAAGUGCCCUUUGUAAUAAGGAUGAUUUCAUAAUGAUGGCAAAAUCGUAACUAGGCAUGGAACGUGGACUUCAUUAGAGGCUCUGACUAAUACAAUUUUACCCUGAGAUGAUUUUAUAUCCUCUACCGCUGUGCGAGGAAGUACUGUAAUCGUAGAAAAUGUUAAAAAUGAGAUAUUUUUUGGUAAGAACCAUGACACUCAUUUCCGUCAGUUUGUCUGUCUGUCCUCUCAUCCUUGGCCCGUCUAUAACUUGAGAAGUAUCGCCCGGAUUGUAAUGAAAUUUUCAUACAAGGUUGCUAUGUCUAGCAGAAAAUCGUCUCUAGUGGCGACGGAGAAUAAAGCCAAAAAUGAAAAAAAAAAAAUAAAAAUCGCUCAAACUUCUUAUUUUAUAUUAUUUUCAGAACAUUUUUUGUAGGGUUUUUGGAGGAGAGAAAAAUGAUUUUUUUUUAUAAUUCUAUGCAUCCAUUAGCCUUAUUUUACACGACAUAGAUUUGCCUUUAAAACUUAGAAUAUUUUGUAUAUUGUAUGGGCCUGUUUGACUGACUUGAUCCGUUUAAUUUCCCUGUUCUGCAAGUUCGUAACUUUAUAAUGCGCUGAACUUGAUCCUUUAUAAAAUGAUGACGGCGUUGCGUAGGAAAUGCAGAGUCACCCUCCUUGGCGCUAUUUUUUUUCAGUUUUAACAAAGAAGCUAAGCAUCUGAAAAAAGUUGGAUUUUGAUUCAGAAGCCUUUAUUGAGAUACGUUCAAUGCCUUAGUUGUAAAUAUAUUAUGACUGCAAUUUUGUGUUCAAAGCAUACUUUAUUGGUAUUGUUAGCAUAACUCUAGCCUAAAUUUCAUUUGGUAGGAGUUUCAAAAAUAGAACGUUUUCCCAACAUAUCACACAAGUUUACACAUAUUUGUUGACAUCACUACAAUUUUUUUGCAUUAAUAUUUAAUGUUAUGCACUUUUUUGAAUACAAGCGAAAAAAUGAUUUUGCAAACUCAUCAUUUUAAAAUGAGUAUAAUUCUGUCGUAAAAUCCGUUGAUAAUUUUUUUUGAAACUCUAGAAUCGGCUAAGCUUACCGGUGAAAUUUGGAUAUGUAAUAAAUUAAAAUUAUUGAUGUCCGUACUAUCACUGCCUUUAAACGAUUCAUCUCAUCCAUGCUUCUAAAUUAUUAAGCAUUUAAUUUAUUCAUCGAUGUAAAUGAAUUGUAUAUUAUUUAUGAAACAUUUAUUGUAAAUAUGGAUAAUCAAUUGUAAUGUAAAUGUUUAGUACAACUUUUGUAAAUAAUAAGGUUGAAACGUUAGGGCGUUUUUGGUAGCAGUAUAGUUAGGUUACUUAGUAAAUAAUACAUUUUUCUACCGUUAAGUGCGACUAUUUUGUACUGCCACUACAGUAUACGAGAGUAAUCCCAAUAGUAUGAUCUCUACAAUUUAUUUUUAAUUAUUGAUACAUGAUUACAAAACUCGAACAUUUGUCUAUCUUUCUACAUAAUCGCUUUUUCAGGUCGAUAGAUUUUUGUACACACCUCGCCUGCCAAACAGUCGCCUUUCUACAACUAUUUUGAAGGGAAAUCACCCACCCACCCUAUAAUACGAACUUUGCACCCAGUGACCUGUUCUCCAAAUUGAAAUAACAUGCAGAAAUUCUGAGCGAUGAGCCGAUCUCUGCCGAUGAGCUAGAAGAAGAAGAAGAACGAGAGACCUGGAGGUUAUUAAACAAUCUUGUACAGUUUAAUGCUUCUAAAACACAGCACUGUACCUUGACGAACAGAAAGCGUCCUAGCGCUCAUACGGUUUCGAUGGAUGGCCAAGCUUUGCCAAAGAGCCGUUCAUUUCGGCUGGUCGGAGUCGAGAUCACCGAGGACUUGAUCUGACACGAACACAUCUCGUCAAUAGCGGCAGCUGCUGGGAAAAAGUUAGGCCGUUUGUUUGGGGUUUAGAAGUACUUUUUUCCACAUGACCUCCUCACUCUGUCAAGGCCCAGAUUGAUGCUGUUCAGAGGAGGGCUGUCCAAUUGAUCGAUGACUCUUCUCGAACAGACAGUCUCGGGACCCUUUCGCGGCGGACCUUCGGUGAUCUAGCUCUCUUCUACCGCUAUGUCAAGACUGCCAGAUAGACCCGCCUGACUUCCGCCUCUCAUCCUAACCGUGUCGAUCUUCGUACAUCCAGAACUGGUCGAUACGAUCGCUCCUUGGUCCCUAGGGUGUCUAGAUUGCGGAACAGUCUGCAAGAGGAGGCUUUUCCCAGUUCUACUUACCUUAGGCAGUUCAAAAAUCGAAUUAACAAAGUUUUUGGAUCCUCAUAGAAGCCGCGGUGCAUUUAGGCAUCUGCCUGCACGACUCCUUCAAUGUAUAAAAAACAUUUGACAAGGUGAAAUUUGGGGUUCAACUGGGCAUUUGAAAACUGUCACAUCGAUUUAAAUGGCGAUUAUGUAAAAAAUUUACCAACGUCGAAGCUUUAUAAUAAUGUAUCAGUUAUUAGAAAUAAAUGAUUUUUGCACUUUGAAAAAAUAGGAGACCAUAUACUUUUGGGAUUAUCCUCGUAAGUACAUGUCACAUAUUGAAAGCAUGGUGAAAUUGUGAUAUGUACUUAGUAAUAAUUGCUUGUCACUUUUUGCAUAUGUAUCAUCUGUACUUCUCUGUAUGAAUUUCAUAUUUUUACACGCAAAACUCUGUAAUUCUGUUGUCAAUUUUGGUUUCAGUAAUAAAAAGGGUAGUUUACUUCGUAACCCCUUUUAAGUUACAAUCUUUGGUGAUAUUUUGUGCUUACACGUCAGUUUUUUAUCUUUUUUGUUAUGAAAUUAAUUUUUACGAUGUAAUUAUUUUGUUAUUAUUACUUAUGUUAUAGUCUAUUUUUUUAGAACUACAUAUUUUAGGGAUUUUACAGUUUUGUUUGUAAAAUUUUAUGGCGAAUCUUUUCCUCUUCAGAUUGUUGUUUACCUCACGUCGGCUUUCUCUUUUUCUAUUUUUUUCUGGAUAUUCCUUUGCCACAAAACAACUAAAGUCUUUCAACCAAAGGUCAAUUGUACAAUUUUCUUAUGAGGAAAACUCUUUAAUUGCAAAACUGAAUUUUGAAAACACCAAAAUGAAGGAAAAUUUUCUGAUUAUUUUCUCUUCAACUUUAUUUUUAAUUCAUGUCAUUUUAGAAUGGAAAUAGAGAAGUGUAUUCUUGGAUUAAUCUGAGAUUACUAUGAUUGUGAAUAAGACUAGGAAUAGAUUGUAUGUUACAUGUGUAACUGAAAUAAUUUGGUAAAUCUGGUGUUGAAUACUGCCAAUUAUAUAAUAAAUCUUGUAUGUACGUA